AUGGUCGGGGUAAGCCCGUUGGAGCUCGGCUCCUCGUCUCUUCUGCGUGUGAGAAUACUUGUUCGCGGUAGGCACCUAACGGAGCGUGGCUGCGGGGGCGACGCAGGGAUGCGAUGCGUCGAUUCUGCUGGUGACCGCCGCCGGCGCCAUGUCGGAGCAGACUUCGCAGAGGAGCUUCGGCAUGAGGAACUUCAAGUACGUGGCCACCAUUAAGGACGCUCUCGAGCGUGAGUGCCCCGCGACGGUCUCCUGCGCCGACAUCGUCGCCCUCUCCGCCCGAGACGGCGUCGCCCUGGUGAGCCACCGGCGGCCCCUCCGGCGAGCCAGCGUCCGCUUACUUAUUUAUGUUUUCUCCACACACUCGCGCAGCUGGGAGGGCCGUACGUCCCCAUGAAGAUGGGGAGGAAGGACAGCAGGGUGAGCCGCCUCGAGGCAGUGGAGGACUCCAUCCCCAACCACGACUCCGACAUCUCCCUGGUGCUCUCCCGCUUCCAGUCCAUCGGCAUCAACGUAGAAGGCACCGUAGCGCUGCUGGGUACCUGUCUGUCUCCCUCCUCCUCCUGCUGCGCGGGGUUGCAGAGCCUGACGCCGCAGUCUCUGCAGGAUCUCAUUCGGUGGGCCGCGUCCACUGCGUCAACCUGGUACACCGGCUCUACCCCGCCGUUGACCCCACGUUGGACCCCGACUACGCGGCGUACCUGAAAGGGCGGUGCCCGUCGCCAGAGCCGGACCCGACGGCGGUGGCCUACGGCCGGAAUGAUCGGGAGACGCCGAUGACGAUCGACAACAUGUACUACAAGCACCUGCUGCAGCACAAGGGGCUGCUGCGGGUGGACCAGCAGCUGGCCUCCGACCCUUCCACCGCCCCCUUCGUGGCAAAGAUGGCCGCUGACAACGGCUACUUCUACGAGCGCUUCGCGGACGCCCUCCUGCUGCUGUCGGAGAGCAACCCGCUGCCCAGCGACAAGGGGGAGGUCAGGAAGGACUGCCGCUUCGUCAACUCCGGAUAG